AUGUCGGCAGCGCUCCUGCUAGCCAUUCUUCCUCUGGCAGCCGCUCACAGUGAUGAGCACGAGCACUCCGGGAUGACCAUGGAGAUGGGCAGCACACAUACCAAUGCGACCAGCGUCGUGACAGCUGCCAUGGCAUCAUCAGCCAUUCCAGUCAACUACUUCCGGCAUCCGCAGUUCGCGGGCUGGAUGUACGCGCAUAUCGCCUCAAUGACAAUCGCAUGGGCAAUCAUUCUUCCGGCAGCCGUUGUUCUCAGCAUAGCUCGUUCGCGCUUCACCCUCCCUACACAAGUCGCAUUCUUAGCUGUCAAUGGCCUCGGACUCUUCACGAGCAUCAUAUAUGAUGCAAAGACACCAGACUUGUACCCGAACAAUGCACACCACAAGAUGGGAUGGGCCGUCACAUGGAUCGCGGUCGCAUGGUUCCUUAUGACGUUUGUGAACCUGUACAUGGCGCGAGCAGAGAAGGCGAAAGCGAGACAUGCAAUGACAGCAAAGAACAUCGCACAAUACGAUCUUCUUCAAGACCAUAGGUGGUCAGCAGAGUCAGGCCUCGAUUCAGCGACACUGUGCUCUGGAUCUCGCUCGCCGAGUUCCGAUUCAGUCCCUCAGCACAAAUUCGAGGCUCCUGACGAGGAGCAUGGCGAUGAUGAGGACCUCGAGUGCGAAGAGCAAGGAUUCAUUCAGAACAAUCCGGUGGAUCGUUUCUUACUGCGCAAGGUCCCUCGCAUCUCGUCGGGACGUGCGUUUACAGCCUUCAAAGUUGUGUUCACUUUGAUCGAGCGUUGCAUGCCAGUCCUUGGAUUUGUGAGUUUGCUCAGCGGUGGCGUAGUGUUUGGCGGUAUCUACCGUGAUCGCCUCAUCUUCUCCGGCAUGGCGCAUGGCGUCAAGGGUGGUAUCUUCUUCUGGUACGGUAUCCUGACCCUUGGAAGAUGGAUGGGCGCUUUCUCGGACUUUGGUUGGGCAUGGAACGUCAAGCCUCGGCAGCCCAUGGUUUCUCGCUUCGCAGCCGGUCUUCCCUCGGCCGAGUUCGUCGAGAGCUUUGUGAUUUGGCUGUACGGCACCAGUAAUGUUUUCCUUGAGCACCUCAACGCGUGGGGCAAACCGUGGUCAGCUCAAGAUCUCGAGCAUAUCAGCAUUACCAUCAUGUUCUUUGGUGGUGGUCUGAUGGGUAUGCUGAUCGAGAGCAACAAGAUUAGAAAUCUUUUCAAUACCUCUGUUUCGACCUGGCAGGAAGAGAGCGUUCAGUAUGGUGACGCUGUCGAAAAGCAACAGGAAGAAUGGGAUGUGCCCAAAACAUACAGAACCAGUCUCAACCCGAUGCCAGGUUUGGUCAUCAUGCUGCUCGGCAUGUCCAUGUCUGGCCACCACCAACACAGUAUGGUUUCGACCAUGUUGCAUUCGCAAUGGGGCAACCUUUUCAAGGGUUUCGCCAUGGCCAGAGCAGCAACUUAUGUCCUUCUUUACCUAGCACCACCGAAGUCGUUCUUUCCCUCUCGUCCUCCGACCGAGCUGGUCGCCAGUUUCUGCCUGAUCAGUGGCGGCAUGAUAUUCAUGGGUAGCUCGACUGACGCUGUUGCGACCAUCGAGGGCAACGGCUUGGAUGCCAUGUUCCUCUUCGUUAUUGCCAUGGGUUUGACCGCUUUGGUCAUGUCUUGGACAGCCAUUUGUUUCGCUCUCAAGGGAUGGGCAGUGAGAAAGGAGAAGAAUAUGUGA